UUACUAUCAGUUAAAAUAUAAAAAAAACAUUCAACAAACUUAAAAAAAAAAUCAAGAAUUAAUCGGAAAACAAAUUGCAAUUUGAGACUGCAGUAAAAGUCAUUAACCACUAGACGUGUUAUAUAUAAAGUGCCUCCCUUCAACAGUUCAACAUAAUGCAAAUACCACAGAAAUUUUAUUGAAAGUAAUCAGCAAAAUACGUAUAAUAAAAUUUAUCAAAUGUCUUAAUGAGAGUGAAAUACAAACAAUUUAGAAAAAGAAAGACUAGCAAGACAAAAAAUGUUUGCCAAAAAUAAUAUGACCAAGCGUAAGACGCUUAUUUUUGCCUGCUUUGGCAUUGCCAUUGGCCUUUGCAUUGGUACAGUAUUAAAAAACUAUCGAGCUUUGGAGAUAGUCAAACGAUGUAGUAUGAAGCCUACCAACCAGAAAACACCUUUCGAGAUUAUAGGCCUCAAAGCUGAGGAUAACAUACAAAACUCUCAAAAGAAUUUAGUGUUUGUGGGUGUUAUGACGGCGAAAAACUUCAUUGAGGGCAGAGCGAGAGCAGUUUAUGAUACGUGGGGCAAAGAGGUGCCCGGUCGUAUAGCAUUUUUCAGUUCGGAGGGUUCCUAUUCAGAUGAACUGCCCGUUAUUGGUUUGAAAAAUGUUGAUGAUCGUUAUCCCCCACAAAAGAAGUCGUUUAUGAUGCUGUACUACAUGUAUGAGAAUUAUAUAGAUAAAUUUGAAUGGUUUAUACGAGCCGAUGAUGAUGUCUAUAUAGAGCCUCAAAAAUUGGAGAAAUUUUUAAGGUCCAUAGACAGUUCAAAGCCGCAAUUUAUAGGACAAGCUGGCAAGGGCAACAGUGAGGAGUUUGGUUUAUUAUCUUUGGAAUUUGAUGAGAACUUCUGCAUGGGAGGUCCAGGUGUUAUUCUCAGCAGUGAAACUUUAAGAAGGGUGGCUCCCCACAUACCCACCUGUUUGAAAAACUUAUACAGCACCCAUGAGGAUGUGGAAGUUGGUAGAUGUGUUCAAAAAUUUGCUGGCAUACCUUGUACUUGGAAUUAUGAGAUGCAAUACAUUUUACGCCAUAACUCCAGUGGUCGUGCUGCAUUUACGGGGAAACUUAAACGCAAAGAAAUUCACAAUGCCAUUUCUUUGCAUCCAAUUAAACAGGCUCCCCUAAUGUAUCGUUUACAUUCCUAUAUACAAGGUCUAAAGGCUGAGGAAAUGCGCCAAGAAUCUUUGCUAUUGCAUCGUGAUAUCAAACGUAUGGCAAAGUAUUUGGAAAUUCCCGAUGAUAGCCGUUAUUUAGUGCCGGGUAUUCCGCUGAUACCAGAAGAGGAGAAUAGCAAGCGCCAUUUUGAGGAUCAUAAUAUAUUGGGCAUUAGUCCCGAUCUUAAUAAAUUCGCACCCAAAUCUCGAGAUGAUCUCCUAGAAUGGUCAUUUUUGGCCAGAAGCCUUUAUUCCACCGAUCAUUCGAAUCCCAAGCACAAAAUCGAUUCAGCAAUGAGAGAAGGACUCGAGGAUGUUAUAACAGAAGUAAUGGAAAAUAUUAACAACUAUUCACGGCAGCGAGGAAGAGUUAUUGAAUUUCGUGAACUAUUAUAUGGCUACACCAGAUUAAAUGCUCUACAUGGACAAGAUCUUAUAUUGGAUUUAUUGUUGAUAUAUAAGAAAUAUCGUGGUAAAAAGAUGACGGUGCCGGUAAGAAGGCAUUUAUAUGUGCAAAGAGCAUUUACGGGCAUAUUUAUUAAAGAAUUUGAUGAAGAUUUUUAUAAUACCACUUUGCAAAGAAGUUUCUUAAAGAACAUUUUAAAUCAGGGAGUGGAAAGUUUAUCAAAUCAUUUCUCUAUACCCGGCUUAUUAUCGGCUAGCAAUCCUUCGUUGGCUGGCAAUUCCAAAAUUGUAUUUGUUUUACCUAUAGCAGGACGUUUGUCAACCUUUAAGCGUUUUUUGGAUACUUAUGAAAGUGUGGCCAUUGAGGAGGAUAAGAACUGUGAUUUACUGGUUGUCAUUUUUGGCUCUGUGGCGGAAAUACAAGAUCAUUUGGCAGAAAUAAGAAGUUUAAAGUAUCGCCACAUCUAUCAUCAAAUCAAUUUUAUACACCGACAAGAAGAAUUCUCUAGAGGAGUGGCUUUAGACACAGCUGCACGCUCUUCUUAUAUACAAGAAGACAACAUAAUCCUGUUCAUCGAUGUGGAUAUGGUGUUUAAAUUAGAGACUUUACAACGUAUACGCAUGAAUACUUUACAGGGCAAACAGGUGUAUUUGCCUAUAGUAUUUUCCCAAUAUGAUCCCAAACGACGACAACAACAGCAAAUACCAGCCGCUGAAAUAACCAAUGAAUCGGGAUAUUUUCGACAAUUUGGUUUUGGCAUUUGUGCCAUCUAUAAAUCCGAUAUUUUAGAUGAAAAUAUUAAUGGUUUUGACAAGGACAUCACCGGCUGGGGUUUGGAGGAUGUUAAAUUUUUGGAGAAAAUUGUCAAAAAUGGCAAUCGCCAGAAUUCAUUUAUGAUCAAUACAGCCGAAGUGUCGGAGGAUUAUAAUCUGAAGGCAUCGCAAAUGCGUAGACUGACAAUAUUUCGUGCUCCCGAUCCUAGUUUAGUGCAUAUUUAUCAUGAUAUUAGUUGUGAUAUUAACUUAGAGACUGCUCAGUAUAAUAUGUGUUUGGGCACAAAGGCCAAUUCGUUGGGUAGUACCCGUCUGAUGGAACAUUUAUUUUAUAAUAACCCGGAUAAUAUAGAAUUUAUUAAAGAAUUUAAUCGUAAAAAAGAAAUUAGAUAAUACGAGGUUGGGGGAGAUUAUUUAAAA